UGGCUCUGUGGUAGAAGUCCUGACCCAGCCUUCCAAGUCAUAUUCCUGGCAUGCUUCCCAGAAAACUGGGCAACAUGGGUAAGAGAAAGAUAAGCGUGUGUCAACAAACUUGGGCUUUAUUACAUAAGAACAUUCUUAAAAAGUGGAGAAUGAAAAGAGAGCCACUAAUGGAAUGGAUGAAUGCGUUGCUUCUCCUACUUUGUUUGUACUUCUAUCCUAUUGGUCAUCAAGUUGAAGACUUUUCUUUAUGGCCUCCUGUGAACCUCGGAAGGGUAGAUUCAUUUAAUGAAUCCAAAUUUGCAAUUGAAUACAUGCCUGUCACCAAUGUAACCCAACAGAUAAUGAGCAAAGUAGCUACCACCUCCUUCAUGACAGGUAAAGAAGUCAUGGSACUAUCAGAUGAAGAAAGCAUUAAAGAAUUGAAAGCAGAUUAUCAUGAGGAAAUAGUAAGAGUCAUCUUUACAAACACAUACUCAUAUCAUCUGAAAUUCUUGUUGAGACAAAGAAUCCCGAUCAGUAAGGAACACAGGGACCAUACAGCUCAUUGUUUUGAAGAAGAUGAAGAUGUUGACUGUUACAUCUCAAUAUUCUGGAAGGAAGGUUUUGUGGCUCUUCAAGCUGCCAUUAAUGCUGCUAUUAUAGAAUUGACAACAAAUCAUUCAGUCAUGGAGGAACUUAUGUCAGUUACCGGAAGAUACAUGAAGAUACAGCCCUUUAUUAGUCAAGGAGGAACCACAACUGAUUUUUUCAUUUUCUUCUGCAUCAUCUCCUUUUCCCCAUUCAUUUACUAUGCAUCCAUCAAUGUCACGAGGGAGAGGAAAMCGAUGAAGGCCUUGAUGACCAUGAUGGACCCGCAGGAUUCAACGUUCUGGCUCUCCUGGGGUUUGCUCUAUGCCAGCUUCAUCUUCAUUAUGGCCCUUUUCUUGGCACUUAUUAUAAAAUCUACCCAGUUUUUUAUUCUGACCAACUUCCUGGUAGUUUUCACCCUCUUUCUCCUUUAUGGAUUGUCACUGAUUGCUUUGGCUUUCCUGAUGAGCAUCGUGGUGAAGAAGUCUUUCCUCACUAGCCUAGUGGUAUUCCUCCUUACUGUCUUCUGGGGGAGCCUUGGAUUCACAGCGUUGUACAGAUAUCUCCCARUGUCUUUGGAGUGGAUUUUCAGUUUUCUUAGCCCGUUUGCUUUCACCCUUGGAAUGUCCCAGCUUUUACACUUGGAUUAUGAUGUAAAUUCUAAUGCAUUUCUUGAUGCACCKGUCGGCUCCAAUCUAAUUAUAGCAACACAUUUCAUGUUGGCCUUUGACACUUUCCUCUAUCUGGCACUCAUGAUGUACUUUGAAAAAAUUUUGCCAAAUGAAUUUGGACAUCAACAUUCACCCUUGUUUUUCCUGAAGUCCUCGUUUUGGUCACGGCAACAAAAGGCUGAUCAUGUGAUCCUUGAAGAUAAAAUAGAUUCCAGUCCUUCAUCUAAUGACUCUUGUGAACCAGUGUCUCCAGAAUUCCAUGGGAAAGAAGCCAUCAGAAUCAGAAAUAUUACAAAAGAAUAUAAAGGAAAACCUGAUAAAAUAGAAGCUUUGAAGGACCUGGUAUUGGACAUUUAUGAAGGCCAAAUCACUGCAAUCCUUGGUCACAGUGGAGCUGGAAAAUCAACACUGUUAAAUAUUCUUAGUGGGUUGUCUGUUCCCACCAAAGGUUCUGUCACCAUCUACAAUAAUAAACUUUCAGAAAUGGAUGACCUAGAAAACAUCAUCAAGAUCACUGGAAUUUGUCCACAAUCCAAUGUGCAGUUUGACUUCCUUACUGUGAAAGAAAACCUUAGGCUAUUUGCUAAAAUAAGAGGGAUUCUGCCACAAGAAGUGGAGCAAGAGAUACAAAGAGUUUUACUGGAAUUGGAAAUACAAAAUAUUCAGAAUGUCCUGGCUCAAAACUUAAGUGGUGGACAGAAAAGAAAACUAACCUUUGGGAUUGCCAUUUUAGGASAUCCUCAGGUUUUCCUAUUAGAUGAACCCAGUGCUGGAAUGGAUCCUUUCUCAAGACACAGAAUUUGGAACCUCCUGAAAGAGCGUAGAAGAGACCAUGUGAUCCUUUUUACUACUCAGUUCAUGGAUGAGGCUGACCUCCUGGCAGAUAGGAAAGUGUUUCUCUCCAAAGGGAAACUGAAGUGUGCGGGUUCUUCAUUGUUUCUGAAGAAAAAGUGGGGGAUCGGUUAUCACCUAAGUUUGCAGUUGAAUGAACUAUGUACUCAGGAAAAGAUAACAUCCCUUGUUAAACAGCACAUCCCUGAUGCCAAAUUAGCAGCAGAAAGUGAAGGAAAGCUUGUCUAUACACUACCCUUAGAAACAACCCAUAGUUUUCCAGAACUUUACACAGAUCUUGAUAGCAAUCCUGGCCUAGGAAUUGAGAAUUAUGGUGUUUCCAUGACAACUUUGAAUGAAGUGUUCCUGAAGCUAGAAGGGAAAUCAGCGCUUGAUGUAUCAGGUAUCAACAUUCUAGGAGAAGCACAAGGGGAAAGAGCUGGGGACACAGAAAGACUUGUUGAGAUGGAACAAAUUCUCUCCUCACUUAUGGAGAUGAGAAAGACAGUAGAAGGCRUGGCUCUCUGGGGUCGACAGAUCUGUGCAAUUGCAAAGGUUCRUUUGCUAAAGUUGAAGCAUGAAAGAAAAGCUCUUCUAUCACUGUUGUUGAUUCUGGUGGUUGGAUUUUUCCCUCUUUUUUUGGAGUAUAUCUUGGUGAAAGUUCAUCAAAACAGUUACACUUUGGAACUGUCUCCUCAUCUGUACUUCCUGGCUCCUGGACAACAGCCACAGGACCCUCUCACUCGAUUAUUGAUCAUCAAUAACACAGGGGAGAGCAUUGAUGAGUUUGUCCAUGCCGUGGAGUGCCAGAGCAUAGCUGUGGAAGUAGAUGCAGCUGGAACUAGAAAUGGUAUAGAUGACCCUUCUUAUAAUGGAGCCAUAAUAGUAUUUCGUAAUGAAAAGAAAUAUGACUUUUUAUUUUCGUGCAAUACCAAAAGACUGAAUUGCUUCCCGGUUCUCAUGGAUAUUAUUAGUAACGGGCUACGUGGAACGCUUACACCAUCGGCACAUAUUCAAACUGAGUGGAGCACAGUUUUGAGGAGAAUAUGGGAUAAUCCAUUUGAAAUCCUGGGAUACACCUUAUUCUGGCUGGUUUUGGCAUCCAGCUGCCCUCCUUACAUAGCCAUGGGCAGCAUUGAUGAUUACAAGAACAGCGUGAGGUCGCUGCUGCGGAUUUCGGGCCUCUUUCCUUCUGCCUACUGGCUCGGGCAGGUGCUGGUGGACUGGCCGCUGUACUGCCUGUUUUUCCCUUUUAUGUAUUUAAUGGAUUACGUCUUGAACUCCCAAGAGACUGUAUUUACGCUUGUGAAUUAUUUCAUUCAAAGGCUGUGUGCUAUUGGGUAUGCCAUGUCCCUUAUCUUCUUGACAUAUGUGAUUUCAUUCACCUUUCGCAAGGGGAAAAAAAAUAGUGGUAUUUGGUCAUUUUGCUUCUAUGUUGUAGGUAUAAGUAUGUUUCUUGUGAACACUUAUAUAUUUAGCCUAUGA